GUGAGGCGCGGGGUGAUCCACAAAUCAAGCCUCCAAAAUUCACCCAAAUGAGUUCCUACUUUGUGAACUCGUUCUCAGGGCGCUAUUCUAAUGGCCCCGACUACCAUGUGUUAAAUUAUGGCACCGGCGGCAGCAAUGUGAACGGUUCUUACAGGGAGGCAAGCAGCAUGCAUCCCACCUCUUACGGUGCUUACAACUACAAUGGCAUGGACCUGAGCGUCGGCCGGGGGAGCGCUACCGGCAGCGGCGGCGCCGACAGCAGCCACCACUAUGUGGAGAGCAGCGGAGGCUUCCCAGCCCAGGGAAGCAGGUUCAGAGCCGCCUCUGGCUGCCCCCUUUCCUCCCCAGAGCCCCAGAGCCACGGGGGGGAGAGCGAGCAGGUCCCCCCUGACCCAACCACCUCCGGCAGCGGCCACUUCACGGAGGUGGAGGAGACCAGCGCGUCCUCAGACCCGGAGGAAGCCGCCCCGAGAGCCUCCCGGGCACAGCAGGAGAGCAGCCCCCCCGGAGCGACCACCGCAGACGGACAGGCUCCCCAGAUCUUCCCCUGGAUGAGGAAGCUGCACAUCAGUCACGAAGUGUCAGGUCCGGAUGGGAAGCGGGCAAGGACAGCCUACACCCGUUACCAGACCCUGGAGCUGGAGAAGGAGUUCCAUUUCAAUAGAUACCUGACCCGCAGGAGACGCAUAGAGAUCGCACACGCCUUGUGUCUGUCCGAGCGCCAGAUCAAGAUCUGGUUCCAGAAUCGGAGGAUGAAAUGGAAAAAGGAUAAUAAACUGAAAAGUAUGAGCCUGGCCACAGCAGGGAGCGCCUUCCAGCCCUGACAGUGAGGGGCGAGGAGGCCAGGACUGCACUCUCAUCUGGGACACCUCUAGUGGCACUUGCUGGGCACCUCCAGGAGGACAAUGGCGGCUCCUGCCCAGGAUCCCCCCAUCUUUUCAUCAUUUCUAGCUGUGUACAGUGCGCUCAGUCGCUGUGAUGUUCCAUGUUUGUGACUGUAAAAUUACUGCUGCUUUGUAUGGACUACAUGGCAUGUUCAUCCAGCUCCUUAGUGGUCUAACUUAUUUAUAACUGAUGAUGAUGAUGAGAAUAAAACAAUGUUGAAUGGUUUACAGGUCUCUUUCUUUUCCAGGUCAGAAACCCUCUUGCAUUGUGUUAUUUCAGUGUCAGCUCCGUGUUCUUGAUAGUUUUUUUUUGUGUUUGUAUUGUUCUCUUAUGACAAGGUGUCACCCCUGUGAAGUGUUGGGGGAGUGAGUGACAUGUUUUGUCUGUUGGCGGUACCUGUAUUGUCUGUCUGCCUGGA